AUGGACAGCACAUAUGCUCUGCUAGAUGAUGAAGAAGAGGAAGAACCCAAGUUCCGGAUAGUCCUUGUUGGGAAAACUGGAGUUGGGAAGAGCGCAACAGGAAACACCAUCUUGGGAACAAGAACUUUUAUAUCCACAACAUCUCCUUCCACGGUAACGUUAGAGUGCCGAAAGGAAACGGGAGAAUUUGGUGGUCACGCGCUGGCUGUCAUUGACACUCCGGGUCUGUUCGACACCAGCAAAACUGAAAAGGAGGUGAAAAGAGAGAUCGCUAGAUCAAUCUCAUUUGUUGCUCCUGGUCCUCAUGUGUUCCUGGUUGUGCUCCAGGCUGGCAGAUUCACAAAAGAAGAACAAGAAACAGUGAAAAUCCUUCAGAAGGUGUUUGGAGAAACAGCAGCACAGUACACCAUGGCCUUGUUCACACAUGGAGACAAUCUGGAGGCCGAUGACAUGAACAUAGAAACAUUUAUCCAUAAAAGUAAAGCUCUCAAUGACUUCCUCGAUCAGUGUCAGAGAAGAUAUCAUGUUUUUAACAACAGAAAGAAAGAUCCCACUCAGGUCAGAGAGCUGUUGGAGAAGAUCAACACAAUGGUUCAGAGAAACGGAGGAAGCUGCUACACCAAUGAAAAAUUCCUGGAGGCAGAGAAAGCCAUAAAAGAGGAGAUGGACCGACUUCUGAGGGAAAAUCCAGGCAUGACACCCCAGGAAGCACGGAGACUGGCAGAGAAAGACAACUGGUUCAUCCAGGCCGUUGUGGCUGCUGCUGGAGCAAUUCCUGGUAUUGGUCUGGGAGCUGGUGUUGGACUUGCUGUUGAAGUUGCUAUUGGAGCAGGUGUUGGAGCUGUAGGAGGCCCAAUUGGAGCUGCAGUGGGAGCUGUAGUGGGAGCUGUAGCUGGAGCUACAGUUGUGGCCGUGAAAAGCGGUGCAUGUCCUAUACAGUGA